GGUCAAACCAUCACACACCAAUCAAUCGAAAUCGAAAGAUCGAAGAAAAACAAGAGAUAGGGUUAUGACAUGACAAGUACGAGUACUUGUACCGCAUUUUGUGAUGUCGUGAUGUGUGACGGCAACAUGUAAUAACAGCAUCGUGAUAACAACAUCUUCCUUCCACCGUCCCGUGCAGUGUCAAACUCAGCCAACAGCCUAUUCCUACCGUACCGUACGACACAGCAUCAUGGCGACAACAAGCGCCCACUUGGUCAUCCCCGGGCAGGUGAUCGCCACCUCGUCGACGAACCAUGAACUCGACAACCAGCAGGACCACAACGAGGGAUUUUUGCGGGGCCACGGGACCUUUGUCGAGCACGAUGCCUCCAAGCAAGAGGACCGUCUCGUCGCCAGUGUUUGCGGGGUCGUCCACCGGGUCAACAAACUCAUCACGGUGGUUCCGUACUGCCCAUCUCUGUACAAGGGAAACGUCGGGGACCUGGUGGUCGGACGGAUCUCGGCGGUGGGUGUCUCCCGGUGGACCGUGGCGCUGCACGAGGCCAGCAAGGACGCGGGGCUCCCCCUCAGCGGGGUCCACCUGCCAGGGGGUGCCCAGCGGAUGCGAACCUCCCAGGACUCGCGAGACAUGCGCUUGUUUCUCAAGGAAGGAGACCUGGUCUGUGCCGAGGUCCACAAGGUGCAGCCGUCGGACGGUUCCCUGAGCCUGCACACCCGGUCGCACCGCUUUACCAAGCUCGAAAACGGUAUCCUGGUGCACGUUCCGCCGGCCCUCGUGCCGAGGCGGAAAAACCACGUGGUGUCGAUGAUCAACGACACCAUCGAUGCCCUCUGGGGAGUCAACGGGAAGAUCUGGCUUCAGCGCAAAAUGGGGGACGACAAGAGCCAGGGCAGCGGCAACAGCAACACGCUGACGAACGAGGGCAUGAAGGACGUCGCCGACCUGCAGGAAAAAAUGCGCAAGGACCACGCCGAAACGCCCGUGGACGUGCAGCUGCGGCGAUCCCUGGCGCGGCUCCGGAACGCCGUGGAAUGCCUCCGRAUGGUCCACGCCCUCUGCGCCCCGGAAAACGCCGAGGCGGUCUACCACAAGUCUCUGGAGAUGGGGCUGGCGAAUCCAUCGGAAAUGCUCUUUCCGAAACACGUCUUGCUUCUAACGGAAGACUUGCGGGCGUAGCCCCCGGUCGGUCCGUUGGAGAGUAGUAAAACACGAAUCGAAUCGGAUCGAAUCGAAACCAAAAGGAAAACAGAACGGGACGAACGCAACAGAACWAAACUACCAAGAAAGCGUGAACAGUACA